GCACCGCGGCGUGCAUCACCCAUUUCGCAUCUUCACAAAGCAUUGCUCACUCAUUAGAAACACUUCAAAAGCUCGAAGAGGACUGCAGGAAAGAAGUCAGGCUCGCGCAUCGGGAAUGGUACGGAUCUAAGCUGCCGACUUGGGCCCCACUACGUGUCCAGGGUGCUGGUCGACCGUUUUCGAGAGCUCGCUAGCAACCCGCCAGACGGGAAGCUGUGUAGGCACAUCCCGUCCGCACCUUCUACCUCUCGGAAAAGACGGGACGCAACCACUUCUGCUUCCGCGGUAUGGAACAACCCACGCCACUGAUGGGCCCUGGCCCCAAUGGGCUGGCACCUGCCCCAAACCGUCCUCCAGCACCAGCUCGGAAGCGGAGUUCAUCUGGGGCAGGUGGGUUGUUGUCCAAAUUUCCCUUCAUGCGCUCCGUAGGAGAGCACCGUCCCCGAUCCCGUCGAAACACAAUCGAGAGCGAGCCCGGCGGGCAGGCACCUUCGCUGCCGACGCCUUCCUUCGUCACGAUCCCUGCCGAAGAGCCUCAGCGCCAAGUCGCGGCAGCCGGCGCUGCGCCUCCGGCACUGCCUCACAUCAACCAACUUCAGAGCUUGCUGUCGCCGCAACAGCAAAAAACACGACGACGUAGGGGUUCGUUGCGAAAGGUUGCCCUGCUCGGUCGCGGAGCUCAGCGUGAGCGGCGCGACAGCCGGAGUUCUACCAUCGAUCCACAACUCGAAGUUAACGGCGCAAACGGGAGACCCGCCGAGUCAGCGGUCUCCGGCGCAGCGGCGCUUACAUCAAGUCCGGUGCAGAUUGAUGGAUCCCCUAGGGAAAUUCCGAUGAGGAAAAACAGCGGCGGCGAUCCGUUGCCACUGGGCCUGGGAAUUUCAGAUCUAACACCGCGUCCCAGCAUGGACGGGUACGCGAUCCGGUCCGACACGUCCACCCCAGACCCCGUCACGCCCACAGCUGCUCCGGCACCGCGCAAGUGUGUCCCUGAAUCGAGCCCAAGCAUAAACUACAGCACCACCGACGAUGAAGAUGCGCUGCACAUGGCCCGACGCAACGGGCCCAUCACCGUCUCCAACCAAACCCCCUCCACCCUAUCCCUCUCCUCGACCGCAAGCCUAGUCCGCCCCGAGCGCGCCUCUGUAUCCUCAGGCUCUGAGUCCUAUUACCUUGGCCCACCCCACGCUCGCCCUCCAGGAACGGGAAACGGUGGCCUCCCGUCCAUCCAGCGACGCCGAAGUGUCAACCAGCGCGCUAAAUCCCCGCUGGCCUUGAGCUCACUAGCAGCCCCGCUGUCGCCGCCCGACGCAGACUGGGACUACGCUGAGACGGAGUGGUGGGGGUGGAUCAUCCUCGUGGUGACGUGGUUUGUGUUUGUCGUCGGCAUGGGCUCGUGUCUUGGCGUCUGGAGCUGGGCGUGGGACGUCGGGACGACGCCGUACGCGCCGCCCGAGCUGGAGGAUGACCCCACGCUGCCCAUCGUCGGGUACUACCCUGCGCUGAUGAUCCUCACGGGCGUCAUGGCCUGGGUAUGGGUUGUGGUUGCCUGGGUGGGUAUGAAGUACUUCAGGCAUGCGCAGGUGAGCGGAGAUUGAGUCAACUUGUAAUGCGUUGGGCACGAUGAUGGCGGGAGUUUUGUUGUCUAACGGGAACAAGCGUUUGUGUUACUACGUAGAGCGUCAAAUUUACAGAUACCCAUGUGUGAUGGUUAUU